AAUCAUUAAAAAAUGGCUGCAUAUUUUAAAAUCGGUAGAUGAAUCUGGCAAUAGUUGUAACAUAGAAUAUUGGUUGCAGGUGUAAAUGUUCAUUAUCGACGAUAUGUUGGAAUAACGAAAAUUUUCCGUGAAAUUUAAGAAGGAAUUUGAAAAAUCAACAUGAAACCUUCAAAGCCAUCCCACAAGCCUCACAAGAGCUCAAGAAGUUCACCUUUGAGGAAAGAGCAUCUAAUGAAAAAAGCUGGACGAUCUAGGUCACCUUUACGAAUGCCUGGGAGUUCCAGGUCUAUGUUGAGUUCACCUCCAAUGAAAAGGAGCCAUGCUGUGCCAGUAAGGAAGGGUUCACAUUCUCCACGACUUCGUUCCAUUGCAUCAUCACCUCAUAGAUCAAUAACUCGACGCAGCAACCAAGGUUCUCCCAUACCCAUGGACAGAAUUCGUAGCAUAAAGAGACCUAAAUUUGAGAAAAGGAAAAAUUCACCAUCUCCAGUUGGUCAUCAUGUACCUGUUUCACACGGACCGCCAACUUCACUUGGCCCUCGAAGUAUUUCUCCAUACCAUGGUGAAAGAUAUCUUAGUUCUAGAUCAGCACCUCAUUAUGAUCCAUCAACAAAGAAAAAACUCCGCCG